AUAAACUAUCUACACAAAUCGAGCAGAUCGUGAGUGUCUUACGUGAAUAUUUAUAAGGCCUGUACAUGAUCAUACAGUAAUUUCACUUGGCGAUAGAGAACACGCACGUAUACGAGGAGAAAAUGAAGGUCCUCCUUUUACUUUGCAUUGUUCAAGGAUGUUUCGGUGCUGCGAUUGUUAGAAAACGGUCAGUUUGUGCCGAUUUUUGUCCUGAAUACUAUUCACCAGUUUGUGCAUCAAACGGAAAAACGUAUUCAAACAAAUGUUUUCUAAGUGCGGCCACAUGCCAUGACAGUUCGAUUCAGUUCGUUAGUGCAGGAAGGUGUGAUUCCACAUCCGGCGGCUCUAGUAGUCCUUGCCCGGCAAUGAUGUGUAUCGCGGUGUAUGAUCCAGUUUGUGGGACAGACGGAAAAACAUACAGUAACACGUGCAAAUUGACAUCAACGCAUUGUCAUGGAGAAGUAACUGUUGCCCAUCAUGGUGCAUGUACCGGAGCUCUCCUUGUCAGUUAAAUGAUGAGAUUUUACUGUAUUAAUACUUCCAUUGAAAAUUAAAGUCCAUCUGCGUCCCAAG